UUGACUAUCAAGCGGCAAACUUGGGUGAGCGUUUCAAUAACUUCUGAUUUACAGAGCUGAGCAAAAGUACAGUGUUAAAGUUACAGCUGCGUUUAGUCCACAUGUGUAAAUGAACCGAUGGGGAGUUGUGUUUAUAAGCUGAUCCACCGUCUUGACCGUUUCUAUUGGAGAUGAUCGAGUAAUUAAGCAGAACUCUCUGGUGUGAUGGCAGAGCUCCCAUCUGGGCUGCUGGAGGUGUGUGUGGUGGUCGGAGCCCAGAGUGAGAAGCUGCGAGAUGUGUACCAAAGUAAGUCAAGUGAGCCCCACCAACUAGAAGCCGAGGUGCUCCAAGUCCAUGCUCCGCCUUUUGUUUCCAAGCAGGCCAACUCCAGCCAAGUGAUUGGUCCUAGUUUUAGCCGUGUCCAGAGGAGGAGGAGCUUUAUUAAAAAGAAGAGAAGAGAUCGUGCUGCUGAGUCUAAUGGAGAAACCACCAAACGUGCCGAAGCGGCAUCAGUGACGGAAGACGUCAGUGUUCCUAAAGAUCUGGACCUCAUCGCUUUGCCACAGCUCUGUUUCCCUGGUGGUCUUCAGUUGGCCAGUGAGCAGAGAGAGGACACCUAUCACUUCUUGGUUUUUACUGAUCUGUUUGGGAACCGAACCCACGGUGUUGUUUUGCAGUACCACCGAUCCGUACAGUCCUGUCACGAAGGUGUUGUCCAGAAUGGCCAUAGGUGGAAUUCAUCAAAGUCUCGUCUCUACGCACCUUUUGCCGUGUGCAUCAUUUCCAAGUUUCCUUACUACAAUGCCCUGAAAGACUGCUUGUCAUGUCUGGUUGUUCAGUUGCGGACAGCAAGACAAGGUGACUUUGAGAACACCAUCAAGGAGUUUUCGGCCAAGCUCACCCUGGUUCCCUUACCGCCGCCCGGACAGCUGCAUGUGUCUUUUAGUCUCCGUCCUCUUCAAGUGGUUCUCCCGUCCAGAGUGGAUCAGGACAGCCCCAUUAUUGACAUCGACCUCCAUCUUCCACUCCUCACCUUCACUCAUGCGACCCUGCUCCAGAUACUCUCCUGCCUCCUCCAAGAACAGAGGGUGGUCUUAUUCUCGUCUGAUUGGGCCAGGCUCACUCUAGUAGCCGAGAGUCUGCUGUUGUACCUGCAGCCACUGUUCUGGCAGCAACCUUAUGUUCCCGUCUUAGCAAGAGGAAUGCUGGAUUUCCUCAUGGCUCCGACUGCUUUCCUGAUGGGCUGUCACAUAAGUCAUUUUGAAGAGGUUGCUGCAGAGACGGAGGACCUAAUCCUCGUGAAUGUUGACGAUGGCAUCAUUCAGUCAUCUCUGUCUGAAACCAUCGACCUGCCUACCAUUCCCAUGGCUGCAGCAGAGAGCUUUAUAUCAAGGGCAGAAUGCCUCCAGCUUCACUACGACUUGGAGCUGUGCCACUUCGGAGCCGGGACUGAUGUCAAUACUCUUCGAUCCCAACGCAGAGAGUGGCAGAAAAGGCUCAAUUCUCAGAUACAAAACAUCGCCCUGGAGCUGGUGGUCAACAUCUUUAGUGGUGUCCAGGACUUUCUUAACCACGAGCACAGAGUUUUUAACAGUGAGGAGUUUCUGAGAACCAGGGAGCCGGCAGAGCAGCUGUUUUACAAGAAGGUGCUGGAAACUCAUAUCUUUCACUCGUUCCUGCGAGACAGGCUGAACAGGAAAUGGGACAGCUUCAGCCGCAUGGAGCAGAACACACGCAACCAUGCACACAGGAAUCGUGCAAUGACCGAGUCUCCUCGUCGUCCUCCGAUGUCCGAGCUGUCCAAGAGCGGCUGCAGCAGCUACACCAGUCCCGACCACCGGCUCAGUAAACGGCUGGGAGCCAGCCUGCCUAAUCUAGAUCAGCCCGGCAACGACGCUGUGACGUUGUCAGUCAUCAACUUCAACAGACCUCAGUCGGUCAGGAAGAUGACCCCUGACACCGGGUUGAAAUCUCCUCAGAAAACUGUGAAGGUUUUCCGUCUACCAGAGUUCCCGCCGCCGCUGGCCUACCAAUAUGUCCAGAACUAUUACGCUGACAUGAUUUCUUCACUGGGGAAGGCUAUUAACGCUACACCACCUGAGGAAUCUGCUCUGCUGGCCAGGUACCAUUACCUACGUGGUUUGGUAAAUACCGUGUCCAACCGGUGUCUUGAUGCAUUAGAGGACUUCCAGAGCCUUUACAAGACGGAUGCAGAAAUCUUCCCUCCUCAGAUGGUCAAGUCUCUCGUUGACUCCUUACCAGACGUUGAACGUUUACAGGCGGACAGACGACCAGACAUCAGACGCCUUAUCAGUCGGGUUAAAAGGGACCAGGAGCGGGAACGUGCUUGCAAGGGCAACGGACACGAGGAAGACGCUGUAAAACACUUCCAGCUGCCCAAAACAUUCAUGCAGCUGGAGGAGUUUGUGAAAUGUGUCCAGGAGUCCGGCAUUGUAAAAGACCAGGGAGCUAUUCUCAGACUCUUUGAUGCUCUGACUGUAGGUCAUCAGAAGCAGGUUGGCCCCGACUUGUUCAAAGUGUUUUACACCAUCUGGAAGGAGACGGAGGCCGAGGCCCAAGAGGUGUGUCUGCCGGCGUCCGUGCUGGAACACAUCGAGGCCGGCGAGUGCGUCUUCAAGCUCUCGUCCUCGGUCAAGACCAGCCGGGGCGUGGGCAAGAUCGCCAUGACUCAACGACGGCUCUUCCUGCUGACUGAUGGACGGGCAGGUUACGUUGAAGUUGCACAGUACAGAGAUUUGGAGGAGGUGAAGGUGUCUUCUUCCCCCUUCUUGCUCCUGAGAAUCCCAGGCCUAAAGCUGCGAGUUCGAGGAAGGAAGGAGACAUUCGAGGCCAAUUUGAAAACGGAGACUGAGCUUUGGAACCUGAUGAUCAAAGAGAUGUGGGCUGGACGCAUAUUAGCUGACCAACACAAGGAUCCCCAGUAUAUGCAGCUGGCUCUGACCAACGCCCUGUUGAUGGAUGCGGUGGUGGGAAGCCUGCAGAGCAGCAAGGCCAUCUACGCAGCGUCUAAGCUCGCUCACUUUGAACGCAUCAAGAUGGAAGUUCCAAUGAUGGUUCCCAAGACAACUGCAGAAACGCUGAAGCACAAAAUAAACCCUUCCCUGGAACUGACUGCACCUCAGGCUGUGGAUGUACUUUUGUACACACCAGGUCAGCUGUGGGUGUCGGUGAGCGGGGGGAAGGUGAUGGUGUUCGAUGCUUCCAGCUGGUCCCGGACACACACGUGUCAAGUUGGGAACGCCAGACUGAACUGCAUGGUGCGAGUGGAGAAGGAUCAGGUGUGGAUGGGCUCGGAGGACUCGGUCAUCUACAUCAUCAGCAUGGUGUCCAUGGUCUGCAACCGACAGCUGACUGAACACCGGGCCGAGGUGACCGGGCUGGCGCUGGACAUGGACAAAUACAGCCAGAAGGUUGCGUAUUCCUGCAGCGCGGAAGGAACUGUGAUGGUGUGGGACGUCUCAACUCUGCAGGUGAAGAGGCACUUCCGUCUGUCCUGUGAUCGCCUGCUGUCUGUAAACAGCUGUGCUGGAAUGCUCUGGUGUUGUUCAAGGGACAGCAUAAUGGAAGUUUGGAGGUCUGGUUCUUUAAAACAUCGUGUUACUUUGCCAGAACAACAAAGAGCAGCACUCAGCUGUGCUCUGCUUUUACCUGAGAGCGAGGAGCUGUGGAGCGUAUGUGCAGACUCUGGAGAAGUGUGCAUUUGGCAUAUUAGAAACAGCAGCGAACCCUCCCGCCGUUUGGUUCUGCAGGACUGCUCUGGGUGUUACUGCAUGAUUAAAGUUAAAAACCAGGUGUGGGUUGGAGGCGUAGGCCGCAGUUCAAGCAAAGGGAAGGUUUACAUCGUGGACACGGACCGCUACGAGGUUCUGAAGGAGCUCCACGGUCACACCGACAAAGUGACGGCGCUCUGCUCGGCGGAAGACCGCUACGCUCUCAGCGGAGCCGGCAAACACGACGGAAAGAUCGCCAUCUGGAAGGUGGAAUAGACAGAGACGACUGGGGAAAAAAGGCACAUUUUGGAGUUGGCGUCCAAAUUCUUCAAGCCUCUCAGUGGCUAAAACAACCGUGGAACUUGAACCCAUGAAUCAUAAAGAACCUCAGAUGAAUUUGGACUUGAGAACUGUAUUUUGGAAAGAACGGCACAGGUUUAUGAAGGAAUCCCAUGGGGCUCGUGUGAAGCAACAAGAUUACAUGAAGUAUGAUGUGCACCCUUUUCCCUGGAUUAUAAAAAUUUGAGCUGAAUGGGACAGACAUUAUUUUUCAGUAAAAGGAAGUCAAUAUUUUCUGACACUAUCUAUCCAGCUGAUAUCCUGCUGGAGUAUUUUUCCUUUAUUCAUGGGCCAAUUGCAACCUUUUUAUUUCCUUUUUGUAUUUGUCAGAAGCUUUUUUUAUUGCCAAUUUUAUUGACUUUGUGUAUUUUUUACUUUAAAAAAUGGCACCUUUUUGGACCAACUGGCUACAUUUUUAUUUCGUGUCCCCAGAACAACCCGGUGGGUGUCGACACUCACUUUUCCUUCUUUAUCGCCGUUUAUCUUGCAGAGCAGCAGACGUAUAACCUCAGAUAACGAUGCACAUUUACAGGCAUAUAAAAAGGCCACGUAAUGUGCAUCAUUUUGGACUGUAGUAGGGGAAACCUGUGCAAACAUGGGGACGUCCUACCAACUCUACACUAAAAAGACCCAGCUGGGAUUCAAACCAGGAACAUUCUGGCUGUGAAACAAUAGUGGGACCAACCACACCUUUGAAUGAAGGAUACGUUUACUGGAAUACACAAAGUUCCGCUGGGUGUUUUUCUGGUUUGUACAGGUGUUGACCCGGAGGGCGAGGUGCAUUAUGGGAAUAUGGCGUGACUGAAGCUCGACCCCCGGCUGAGAGUUUGAGGGGAAGAUCUGCAGUUCAGAGGAGUCAAUCUACCAUGAAAACAAAACUGAGAUUACCCCGGCACUGCGGGAAAACUCCAACAGGAGUUCUUGAUGGAAGUUAUGGUGAUACAUGAUGAUGGGAACUGAACUUGAAGAACAGGGUUUUUUUUUUUUUUUAAGCUGCAAGAGGAAAAACAAUUUAGCCCUGCAACAACUGGAAUAUGUUGAGACACAGAAAAUGACUUUCUGACGAUAUUAUAAACCAUUUACUUUUCUCAAUCUUUUAUUUAUAUUCCCACAAAAACAGUUUUAUCCUUUUUUCUUUUAUUUCUUGGGAAGAAAACAAGCAAAUUGGUCAGAAUUCCUGCCUAAGUGCCUUGUAGAACUUAAACAUUAAGCGCUUUCUAAAGUGUUGAAACAGCCAGUCUGUAAAAUGCUACACGAUGAAAUAUAUUUACAUUCUGUUUUUGUUUGUAUUCUAACUACAUCUUAUUUGUAUUAUAGUGUUAUUGUAUUAGUCAAGUGAAUCAGAACAAACUGAUAUUAACUGUUCAAGAACAUGAAGUUUUUUUAGUUUUCUUUGAACGUUUAGUCUUUUGUAAGUCAUUCUAGUUCAGAACUGCUUUAACAUUUUGGAGAUUAUUUCUCUUGAGGUUCUCAAGUUUCAUUUAAAGAAAAAAGUUGUAUUUCAUACACAUGCACAACAUGAAAACAAACAUGGAACUCGUUGACAGUGCAAUACAUUUUUUUCCUGUUUAAAAAAAGUAUUUAAUUUUUUUUUGUUUUUUUUUUUUCUGUUUUUUUUUUAGAGUUCACAUGUAACUGUAUCACACUUAACCAAUACUUUUAUGAAGGAAAUCUCUAGUUUUGUCAUUAUUUUCUACCUAAGAAAGGCUCCCCCAGGUUGCAGAGGGAGAUGCCACCGUAUAUUUAAAUUUAACUUUGCGGUAUUUGUUGAAACAUGAGUCAAUGUUGCUUCAAGGAGACGGGAUCACCAGUCCCUACUGGCUGGGAACACAUUGUUCUCUGCAGUCAAAUCAGUGUUUUACAACCUUACAAGCAAUAACAACUCAAGUUGCAUGGGAUUUUUCCGUUACAAUCCCAGAACCAGAAUUAUGCAUUCAAAGGGAUUUUUCUCGAGUUAAUAAUUCCGAUCUAUGUCCCAGUUUAACGCACCUCCCACAGCUCACCAGAAGAGGGCGCUGUGUGAUGCCAAAAAGUGGAAGUUGAAGCUUGCACAACAAAGCUUAUGAGUGCAAUUUGACUAGAAAUGGAAAUAUUUUUAAAAGUAAGAACAGACGAUAGAAAAUUAAAUGUUCCAAUUUGCUAUUCUAGUCUUCAAGCUUUCAUCUGUACAUUUUAUGUCAUUUGCAAGGGAUUGUCAAUGCACCUUCAAAGCUCGAACUUUGUGAUUAUUAAUUCAAACAUGAGAUUACAAAUGUUAUAAAUUUUGAAUUGCAGCAAAUAUAAGUUAACAGAAUGUAACUUGCACCAAAGUCAUUUGAUUUUGCAUAUCCUUAAAAAAAGCACACUGACACGAAAAACUUGAGUUCACUCAGGUCAAGUGUCCUUGAGCAAAACGAACCAGUAGAACUACAAACCCCUCUGUGGAACAGGUUCAAGUGUUUUUGCCUGAAAGCCUCUCGUGUUCUGUUUACAGUUUUCGUACAGUGCAUGUGACUGCUGGACAUUGUAACAUAAAGCCUUAAGCAGCUGGUAAUCCGUCAGCAUGUACGUCCACUUUUCUGUCUCUCCUGUAGCUCUUUAAUCCACACACUUAAGUUAUGAGGGAAAACCAAAAUUGCUGAUUGUACAAUAACUUAAAAGCUGCAGUUCGAUAUAUAGUUUACAAAUAUGCAGGUGCUCUGUAUAAGACUUCAAGAUUCACUGCAUACGUUUAUAUCUGCAUAGUAUUCUUUAGUGUUGAGUGUGCGGAGGUUAGAUAAGUCAUUUAUGCUUUCUGUAUUUAGGUUAGCACACAAUGAUGUCAACAAGGUUGUGUAACAACAAGCAGACAGAUUUGAGAAAGAACUGGAUCAUGGGUUGAAAUUGAAACUUUUUCCCCUUUUCUUUGAUUGAUUGAUUGAAUUUCAGAACAGAACUAAUAUCAUUAAACAUUUUCCUUAAUUUCAAUAAAUACAAUUAAAACACUUAAAUUUGUUAUGUUGAUUGAAUUUGGCAUUUGAUCUCACGGCCCUGACACCGAAGGGAUUUUUCUACCCUAUAAUAAAGUUAAUAUUUAAGGCCAUGAAUAUACUGUAAUUAUGCAUUUUGUUCAUAUUGAUUCAUACUCAAAGGGGAGAAAACGUUUUUGUUUCUGAAGAGUUUACCUCUCACAACCCAGCUUUACUGCUUCAAUAGAAUAUUCUGAAUUAUGUUAUAUUAAUUAUAAUACUUUCAUUUGUUUGGCCCCAAUCUCAAAGCACUUAGAAGAUGAAGCGGUUCAGUACAGUCCAUUUACGUUCAGUUCACCACAAACAAAUGGUAUUCCAGUUAAAUCCAUUACAAAUUCAGUUAAUGGAAUUCAUUAUGUUAGGGUCCAUAUUCAAAAGUUAUGUAAUGCCUUGUCAUAAAAUCCAGCCUGGCCAAGGAACCUAGAGGCCAAUGUUAAUUGCAAUAACGAUAACAUGACAUAAAGGAAAAGUAAACAUAAGAGAAUGAAAAAAGAGCCACGUGCAUCAUGGGAGGUUUUCCAACAGUAUUCCUUUUUAAUAGCAUAAUAAAAGGGAUGCUAAAUGUUACCCAAACCAGCCCUAACCUCAAGCUUUACCAAAGAGAAAAGCUUUGAGCCUGAUCUCAAAGGCAGAGAGAGUUUUAGUCCCAAAAGGGGAGCUGGGAGCUACAGUAAUAACUGAAGCGUCUGCCUCAUAUUCUACUUUUGGAAAUGCUGGGGACCAGAAGUAAGACUGCAUGCUGAGAGAUAAAUACUCUGGUGGUAUAGCAUGGGAAUAAUGAGUUCUUAAAUGUUUUAUACACACACACACAUGCACGCACGCACACAUAGAUAUAGAGAUAUACAUAACUAUAUGUAUAUAAUUAUCGAUAUCUAUAUAGAUAUCGACAUACAUAUAGAUAUAUACACAUUUGUAAGGAACGUGCAUUUGUUAAAUGAGCAGCAGAGCCGAGUAUGCAGACCACGUGACUGGGAAUGUAUUAUUGAUAUUGAAAUUAGUAGAGUUAUAAUGAUAGCAGUGACUGAAAAUAUAUUACUAAUGUAUGGUAUUAUUAUUGCUAUUAUGGUGUAUUAGUAUAAUUAUAGUGUUAUUAAUAUAUUAUAUUAUGCAUAUAUAACGUGUGUGUGUGUGUGUAUUAUUGUUGUUAUUGUUUUUUUAUUAUAAGUGUCGUUAUGCUAGGAAUGUAUGACUGUAUGUAUUUAGAUGUUAUCAUUUAUGUAAUAUUUUAUGUACUUUAUUUUAUGUACUUUAUGGACCCCAGGAACAUUAGUGGUCGCCAAGGCGGCAGCUAAUGGGGAUCCAUCCCAUAAACAAUAAACAAUAAACAUGUAGAAAA